CAGGAGCUGCAUUUUCCAAGCAUUUAGUUCAUUUAUAUGCCUAUGCGGGACCAAAUGAUUUACGCCAACAUCUGGAGAUUGAUGCUCAUACUGGAGGAGUGAAUGAUAUAGCUUUUGCUCAUCCAAACAAGCAGCUAUGUGUUGUAACGUGUGGGGAUGACAAGUUGAUAAAAGUGUGGGAUCUAAUGGGGAGAAAGCUAUUCAACUUUGAAGGGCAUGAAGCACCUGUUUAUUCUAUCUGUCCUCAUCAGAAAGAGAAUAUUCAGUUCAUAUUCUCAACUGCUAUUGAUGGGAAAAUUAAAGCUUGGCUUUAUGACAAUAUGGGAUCUAGAGUUGACUACGAUGCUCCUGGGCAUUGGUGUACCACUAUGCUAUAUAGUGCUGAUGGAAGCCGGUUGUUCUCUUGUGGAACAGGCAAAGAUGGGGACUCAUUUCUAGUGGAAUGGAAUGAAAGUGAAGGAGCGUUAAAGAGGACGUAUAAUGGGUUUAGAAAGAAAUCAAAUGGUGUUGUGCAGUUCGACACGACUCAAAAUCACUUUUUGGCUGUAGGUGAAGAUAGCCAAAUCAAGUUUUGGGAUAUGGAUAAUUCCAAUAUACUUACGACCACAGAUGCAGAUGGUGGUCUUUCGGUCAGUAGUAUAUUUUAUUUUGUAAUCCCGAGUUAAUGAGUAGACAACCAGAUAAACUCGUGCUCCCUUUAACUGCCUAGGAGGAUUCAAACAA